GCCGGUGCGCGAAAAAGCAAAACGCAGCGCCGCGCUGGAAGAAACCCAUGGCCCAAGCCUUUGGGUUCCGCAGGUGUUUGAGGCUCGCCAAGGCCAGCGUCUCCAGACACGGCCUUCAUGCGAGCCUUCUGGGCGGCAGCAUUGCUGGCGCUGCUACGCUCUGCAAGGCUGAGACGCAGGUGGACACCUUGACCCGGCUCGGCGAGCUGGACACCUGUGCCUUGUGCGAUGCCAGCGGGAAGAAGGCCCGCGUGAUCACCACGGUGCGGCCGCUGAAGCCAGGCUAUCGCAUGGCCGGGCGGGUGCGCACGGUGGCUGUGGACGGGGACUUCUUGGAGAUUUUGGCGGUGCUAAGGGAGGUGCAGCCGGGGGAGGUGGUGAUGAUCGACGCGUCCAUGCGGGGAGGGCCUGAGGACAGCACCUGGCCUCGCAGCGGGGGCCUUUUCGGAGAGCUUCUGGCGAGCGAGGCGCAGCGCCGGGGGGUGCGCGGCAUGGUGGUGGACGGCAACUGCCGGGAUACGCCCAUGCUCCGACAGAUGUCUCUGCCGGUUUUCUGCCGGGGCCACCACCCCAACGCCGGCUUUGCGCAGAAGCGGGGCACGUCACAAGUGGAGAUCCGCAUGGGCGGCGUCUCGGUGAAGCCGGGCGAGUACGUGCUGGGUGACGACGACGGCGUGGUGGUGUGUUCGCAACAGGAGCUGCAAGAGUGGCUGGCGAAGGCCGAAGCCAUCCAGCGCCAAGAGGAGAAGAUUCUGUCGCACAUCCAGCAAGGGGGCGACCUGUUUGAGCGGCUGCCCAACUUCCAGGAGCACUUGGAGGCGGCGAGCCAGGGCAAGGUCUCGCAGCUGAAGCUCCAGUGAGCUUGGCUACGCCAUGGCUGGAGCGUUUUUUUCUCCUCCGGAUAGCUGGAAGCUAUAGGCGUUCUGACUUCAAGCGCGGAAGCUAUUCAAGGCUAUGCUGGUGUAAUUUUAAUAUUCGAAGGGUUCUUCUACAUGCUCUUCUCGAAGAUGGACAAGGACUUUGCGUAUGCAGAGGGCGCGGUGUGUCAAGGAAAUCAGCUUAAUGUCGAUAGGGAGGAAGGGCGCAUGAGGAGAAUUGUCGAUGGCCAUGGCCCUUUGCAUAGAUCACAGCAGCGCGUUGUUUGCGACCGUGCAGGAAUGUAG